AUUUAUUUAAUAUUAAGUCAUAGUUUCCCUCUGUAGCCACUUUAAGUCAGACUCAUGGAAAUCUACCCUUUCAGCCUCCCAAUAGUUGGAAUUACAGUUUUGAAAUACCCUACCUAAAAAUAUUUCCUGAAUCAGAGUCUGGAUUAGUAUAAGUUGAUAAUUACAUUUUUAAAUUCUUUGUAUGCCUGGCUUAGAAUUUCAGAGACGAUUCUGUACAAUAGUUAUUAUAAUUCUGUCUAUAAUUUAAUAUAUCUGACAAUUCUGAUUUUUGGAAUGUCCUUGGGGACACCAACUGAAGUUGAUCGACUCCUCUCAUUAUUCACAGAGCUGUAUUUGUGCAUGGCCACAAUCUCCCCCUUCCACUCCUGUCUAUGCCAACCCUAUUUUGCUUAUCUGUCUAUACGUGUGCAUACUAGGGACCUUUAAUUUUCCUCAGCUGUAGAGCAAGAAUAGUAAAUUGCACAUUCUCAGGUAUGUUUUUAAAAAGCUGUCUUGGCAGCUGUGUGAACUGCACCAGGUUAGAGAACAUUAUUAUGUGUAUAGAAGUAUCUGAAAAUAGCUUUAUGUACUUAUUAAAAUAUUAGAGUAUGUUUUGCGAUAUAAUGUUUUUGGGAGCAUAAAAUAUUUUAUUACUAAAAAUAAAUGCGUGUUCCAAAGUGAAGGCAAGUUUCUAUGCCAUUACUGUAUAGUUCCAAAAAUAAUCAAGGCAAAAUUUCCAUUUGCCCUCAGGAAAUAGACUUCAUCAUAAAGCAGAGAAAUCUGAUUUGAUGAAAAUUCUGUUCAGCUCUUAAAGUGAUAAAAAAAUCAUUAUGCAGGAAACAGAAGAGCUGGAAGAUACCAACAUGUAUUUACAAAGCAAACGCGUGUUUAUGAUGCACUGCAGAUGAUCCCAGAACGUGCCAUGCACACUGCACUCUGCCUGCUUCAUGGAGCUAAGAUAUUUCUGGCAGACUGUCUUUAUAUAUUAUUCUCUGAAUAGAGAAAUCGAACAGUGCAGGCUGAGCAUGGAGGACGGUUGUUUACCACUCCCUCCUUUUCAGAGGUAUUUUUAUCAUCCCUCAGCAGCCAAUAUUUAUACAUCUAAUCCCUUCUCCAAGAUGUUAGAUAGAGCUCUGAGAAAAAGUGAGGGCUUUUUCUCCCUCUCUUAACAAGCACCUCUGUUUGAAAUGAGGUGUGUUUGCAGUGCCAAAAUUAAAUACUCAGUUUCGUCAAGUACUAUAAUCAGUGGUACAGAAAGGGUAGGUGGGGAAAUGCGGAAAUCUCAGCUUUUUUCUUCUUACCAUGUUAUGAAAGAUGUUGACAAACAUUUGGGAAAAAGUGAGAGAUGGCAGGAGCGGAUUAGGAGCUGGUGGCAGCAGAAAGACUCGGAAAACUGUCAGCCUCUCUGUCCUCACAUCUGUGCUUAUGUAUAGAGGGAAGCGAUGCCUCUCUUCUGGUUUGGGGGUUUUUUAAAAACAUUUUCUGCACUAUUCAAAUAGAGGCUGAGAGGAGCAUACCUGUUUUUUUUUUUUUAAGUGAAUGGGGAUAACAUCAUCUUUGCCCUUCUGGUGACUAAAAUGACAGGGUUGGCAGCAAGUUUCUUUUCCCAAUAAGAGCCUUCAGGUUUGUCUGCGACAAGACUCUCCACAGAGGUUAUUUUUACCUGGCAUGGCUGUGCUGUUACUGAUACUGCUCUUCUCAAUGGCUGAAAUAACUUCUCCUGUGGGUGUCUCCGGCAGAAUGAAAGCUGGGUCAAGGUGGAGAGGUGAAAAGAACCACCCUGAGGACCUAGAGAGGGGGAACGACAACGGGACGCCAGCCCCCACCUCUGAUAAUGAUGACAAUUCGCUGGGCUACACAGGCUCCCGUCUCCGUCAGGAAGAUUUCCCACCGCGCAUUGUUGAGCACCCUUCAGACCUGAUCGUCUCUAAAGGGGAACCCGCCACCCUCAACUGUAAAGCUGAAGGCCGCCCUACCCCGACUAUAGAAUGGUACAAGGGCGGCGAAAGAGUGGAAACGGACAAAGACGACCCUCGCUCACACCGAAUGCUGCUGCCAAGUGGAUCUUUAUUUUUCUUACGCAUAGUGCAUGGACGGAAGAGUAGGCCUGACGAAGGGGUCUACAUCUGUGUAGCAAGGAAUUACCUCGGAGAGGCUGUGAGCCACAAUGCAUCGCUGGAGGUAGCUAUACUACGGGAUGACUUCAGACAAAACCCUUCAGAUGUUAUGGUGGCGGUGGGCGAGCCUGCAGUAAUGGAAUGCCAGCCUCCUCGGGGCCACCCAGAGCCCACCAUCUCCUGGAAAAAGGAUGGCUCACCCCUGGAUGAUAAAGACGAGCGAAUCACUAUCCGAGGCGGGAAGCUCAUGAUCACGUACACCCGUAAAAGCGAUGCUGGCAAGUAUGUUUGUGUUGGUACCAACAUGGUAGGGGAGCGGGAGAGCGAAGUCGCGGAGCUGACUGUCUUAGAGAGACCGUCCUUUGUAAAGAGACCCAGUAAUUUGGCAGUGACUGUGGAUGACAGUGCUGAGUUUAAGUGUGAGGCCCGAGGAGACCCCGUGCCUACGGUUCGGUGGAGGAAAGAUGACGGAGAGCUGCCCAAAUCCAGAUAUGAGAUCCGAGAUGAUCAUACUUUGAAAAUUCGGAAGGUGACAGCUGGCGACAUGGGAUCAUACACUUGUGUUGCAGAAAAUAUGGUUGGGAAAGCCGAAGCAUCAGCCACUUUGACAGUUCAAGAGCCACCACAUUUUGUCGUGAAGCCUCGAGACCAGGUGGUUGCCUUGGGGCGAACUGUGACUUUUCAGUGUGAAGCAACUGGAAAUCCUCAACCAGCUAUCUUUUGGCGGAGAGAGGGGAGUCAGAAUCUGCUUUUCUCAUACCAGCCUCCACAGUCCUCUAGCCGGUUUUCAGUUUCCCAGACGGGGGACCUCACUGUUACGAACGUCCAGAGGUCUGAUGUCGGUUACUAUAUCUGUCAGACUUUGAACGUGGCUGGAAGCAUCAUCACAAAGGCAUAUUUGGAAGUUACUGAUGUGAUUGCGGACCGGCCUCCCCCAGUCAUCCGACAAGGUCCUGUGAAUCAGACUGUAGCAGUGGAUGGUACUUUAACUCUCAGCUGUGUGGCCACAGGCAGUCCCGUGCCCACAAUUCUGUGGAGGAAGGAUGGAGUCCUUGUUUCAACCCAAGAUUCUCGGAUCAAACAGCUGGAGAGCGGGGUCCUGCAGAUCCGCUACGCUAAGCUGGGUGACACCGGUCGGUACACCUGCACUGCUUCGACCCCCAGUGGUGAGGCCACGUGGAGCGCUUACAUCGAAGUCCAGGAAUUUGGAGUUCCAGUUCAACCUCCAAGACCCACCGACCCCAAUUUAAUCCCCAGUGCGCCUUCAAAGCCUGAAGUCACAGAUGUGAGCAAAAACACAGUCACUUUAUUGUGGCAGCCUAACCUGAACUCAGGAGCAACCCCAACGUCUUAUAUUAUAGAAGCCUUCAGCCAUGCAUCUGGUAGCAGCUGGCAGACCGUGGCAGAAAAUGUGAAAACAGAAACAUUCGCCAUCAAAGGGCUCAAACCUAAUGCGAUCUACCUUUUCCUGGUGAGGGCAGCAAAUGCCUAUGGGAUUAGCGAUCCAAGCCAAAUAUCCGAUCCAGUGAAAACACAAGAUGUCCCACCAACCACCCAAGGGGUGGACCACAAGCAGGUCCAGAGAGAACUGGGCAAUGUUGUCUUGCAUCUCCACAACCCUACCAUCCUUUCUUCCUCUUCUGUCGAAGUGCACUGGACGGUGGACCAACAAUCUCAAUAUAUUCAAGGUUAUAAAAUUCUCUACCGACCAUCUGGAGCCAGCCAUGGCGAAUCGGAGUGGUUAGUUUUUGAAGUGAGGACCCCAACCAAAAAUAGUGUGGUGAUCCCCGAUCUGAGAAAAGGCGUCAACUACGAGAUUAAGGCCCGCCCAUUUUUUAAUGAGUUCCAAGGAGCAGAUAGUGAAAUCAAAUUUGCCAAAACCUUAGAAGAAGCACCAAGUGCCCCUCCCCGAAGUGUCACUGUAUCCAAGAAUGAUGGAAAUGGGACAGCAAUUCUGGUCACUUGGCAACCGCCUCCUGAAGACACACAGAAUGGAAUGGUCCAAGAAUAUAAGGUUUGGUGUCUCGGGAAUGAGACUAGGUAUCACAUAAACAAGACAGUAGAUGGCUCUACCUUUUCGGUGGUCAUCCCCUCUCUGGUUCCUGGGAUCCGCUACAGUGUAGAAGUGGCUGCAAGCACUGGGGCUGGCCCUGGGGUGAAGAGUGAACCCCAGUUCAUCCAGUUAGAUUCCCAUGGAAACCCCGUGUCUCCCGAGGACCAAGUGAGCCUGGCUCAGCAGAUCUCCGACGUGGUGAAGCAGCCAGCCUUCAUUGCGGGCAUCGGGGCCGCCUGUUGGAUCAUUCUCAUGGUCUUCAGUAUCUGGCUUUACCGACACCGCAAGAAGAGAAACGGGCUCAGCAGCACGUACGCGGGGAUCCGGAAAGUAACUUAUCAAAGAGGAGGCGAAGCCGUCAGCAGUGGAGGGAGGCCGGGACUCCUCAACAUCAGUGAACCUGCCACACAGCCAUGGCUGGCGGACACGUGGCCCAACACAGGCAACAGUCACAAUGACUGCUCCAUCAACUGCUGCACAGCCAGCAACGGCAACAGCGACAGCAACCUGACCACCUACAGUCGCCCAGGGCAGCCCACUCCCUACGCCACCACGCAGCUCAUCCAGGCAAAUCUCAGCAACAAUAUGAAUAACGGCGGCGGGGACUCCAGCGAGAAACACUGGAAGCCUCCGGGGCAGCAGAAACAGGAAGUGGCACCAAUUCAGUAUAACAUCAUGGAGCAAAACAAGCUGAACAAAGAUUAUCGGGCAAAUGACACAAUCCCUCCAACCAUCCCGUACAACCAAUCCUAUGACCAGAAUACAGGAGGAUCUUACAACAGCUCAGAUCGGGGCAGUAGUACAUCUGGGAGUCAAGGCCACAAGAAAGGGGCACGGACACCAAAGGCACCCAAGCAGGGUGGCAUGAACUGGGCAGACUUGCUGCCCCCUCCCCCAGCGCAUCCUCCCCCACACAGCAACAGCGAGGAAUACAGCAUGUCUGUAGAUGAAAGCUAUGAUCAAGAAAUGCCGUGCCCUGUUCCGCCUGCACGGAUGUAUUUGCAACAGGAUGAAUUAGAAGAAGAGGAAGCUGAAAGAGGCCCCACGCCCCCUGUCCGGGGGGCAGCUUCGUCCCCAGCUGCUGUGUCCUACAGCCAUCAGUCCACGGCCACUCUCACCCCGUCUCCCCAGGAAGAGCUCCAGCCUAUGUUACAGGAUUGUCCGGAGGACCUCGGCCACAUGCCCCACCCACCAGACAGGAGGCGGCAGCCGGUGAGUCCUCCUCCACCACCACGGCCAAUUUCCCCACCACAUACUUACGGCUACAUUUCAGGACCCCUGGUCUCAGACAUGGAUACGGAUGCCCCAGAAGAGGAGGAAGACGAAGCUGACAUGGAAGUUGCUAAGAUGCAGACCCGAAGGCUGUUGUUACGUGGGCUUGAACAGACCCCAGCAUCUAGUGUUGGGGACCUCGAGAGCUCGGUCACUGGCUCCAUGAUCAAUGGCUGGGGCUCAGCCUCAGAAGAGGACAACAUUUCCAGUGGGCGCUCCAGUGUCAGUUCAUCGGAUGGUUCCUUUUUCACUGACGCUGAUUUUGCCCAGGCAGUUGCCGCAGCCGCCGAGUAUGCGGGCCUGAAGGUGGCUCGCCGCCAGAUGCAGGAUGCUGCUGGCCGCCGACACUUCCAUGCCUCCCAGUGCCCUAGGCCCACGAGUCCUGUGUCUACAGACAGCAACAUGAGUGCUGCUGUAAUCCAGAAAGCCAGACCCACCAAGAAACAGAAGCACCAGCCAGGACAUCUGCGCAGAGAGGCCUACACAGAUGAUCUUCCACCCCCUCCAGUGCCACCACCUGCUAUAAAAUCGCCCAGUGUCCAGUCCAAGGCACAGCUGGAGGCACGGCCUAUAAUGGGGCCAAAGCUCGCUUCUAUAGAAGCGAGAGCAGACAGAUCAUCAGACAGAAAAGGCGGCAGUUACAAGGGGAGAGAAGCUCUGGACGGAAGACAAGUCACUGACCUGCGAACAAGCCCAGGUGACCCCAGAGAAGCACAGGAGCAGCCAAACGAAGGGAAAGCACGAGGGACGAAGACAGCAAAGCGAGACCUUCCACCAGCGAAGACACACCUCAUCCCAGAGGAUAUCCUUCCGUACUGUAGGCCUACUUUCCCAACGUCAAACAACCCUAGGGAUCCCAGUUCUUCAAGCUCAAUGUCAUCAAGAGGCUCAGGAAGCCGACAGAGAGAGCAAGCAAAUGUGGGCCGAAGAAAUAUGGCAGAAAUGCAAGUACUUGGGGGAUUUGAAAGAGGAGAUGAGAAUAAUGAAGAAUUAGAGGUAUGCAUAAUUUUCCCAAAACGUUAAAACAUUAGUCUGUCUGUAGCCAUGAUGUCAGCCUUUGAAGUUCUGAACAUCUGUCAGCAUACAGACAUGGACCCAUUUUCUCUCCACCAUCUGAAUGUCAUACAUGUUUUCUAUCAGAAAGAAUAUGAAUUUUAAGUCUUCAAAAACAUCAUUGCUUUUUAAAUACUUAUUUAUUUAUGUAUUUGUUAUGUAUACAGUAUUCUACCUACAUGUAUGCCUAGAAGGCAGAAGAGGGUACAGAUGGUUGUGAGCCACCAUGUGGUUGCUGGGAUUUGAACUCAGGACCUCUGGAAGAAUAGCCAGUGCUCUUAACCUCCGAGCCAUAUCUCCAGCCCAAAAACAUCAUUGUUAACCCUUGAAAUUUUGAAUGAGUUCUAGAAGUAACUCGGUCUGACAUGUUAUAAUUCAUAGUAUUAUAAGAAUCCUCAAUGAGGUAAGCUAUUAUGAUGUGUGUGUAGCCUCUGUUGUCUGUCAUCAGGCCUAAUUUGACAGACUUUCCAGCCGUCUUUCACUUUCACUGUUUUGGAAAGAAACCUAGCCCAAAAAAGAGCUCUUUCUAAGUCAAAUAAAAGCCUCCUCCCUUCUUGUAAUCUAGAAACAAUAUACAAGAUAUAGUUGGAAGUCAUAUUUAAAAGUCCCUUCCCUUUAAAAAUUAGUAAUUUUUUCUCUUCAAUAAAAAGUAACUCACAGACAAAUUUGUUUCCUUACAAAGAUAUUUAAUCUCAAGUAUAUGCUGAAUGAAUUUGAGAGUCUUACUCCAAAACGUAAGAUGAAAAUGUUAAGAAAUCACAUGAAGUUAAAUAUUAUAUGUAUCCUGUGUUUAGACUUUGUGGUUUGUAAUAAGAAAACUUUUCUCCCACAAAUGCUGUCAAGAGUAUUUGUUUUCCCCUUUAGUUUUUGGCAUUUUAAAUAGAAUAACUUGGGAGGGGGGACUGAAGGGGAAUGACUGAAAGAGUCUUGACAUUAAAUCCAGUAUUUAUAAAGUGGAUGCAGAAUUUAACUGGUGAGAUGGCACCUAGGGGAAGUGGGAAGUUAGAGCGCUUCUCCUUACCCAGGGCCCGUGCUCCUACCUGUGACAUCCAGGUCUGCUUCAGAACAGCUUGGUCCUUGUUUGUGGAUGGCUCGAGUUGCUGUAAAGACCAGCUGAAGUUGAGAAAUGAAUUAGUAGUGAUGAACACUUUGCGAUACAUGCCAACCAAUGAAUGAAGAAAACACUCACAGUCGAUGACCAUAAGUAAACAUCAGACGGUUAUCUCUGGGUUUGGUCUUAAAUUUAGCCACAAAUCCAUCUCUUCUAGGAAACUGAAAGCUGAAGACCACCAGAGAGGCUUAUGAUGCCCAUGUGAAAAGCCGUCACUCAAGAGGCCUCACGUCAGAUGACACACCGUACCAGAUGAAACGUUCAGUGCGAUCGGAGUGGACAAAUCGUCGUUUUUAUUCCUCCUGUUGGGAUAACAUUUUUAAAAAGUUUCUUGGGUUUUUAGUGUUGCUGAUUGAUUGCCUAACCCUUAAUGAAUCUCCCCCUGCCGAGAUGCUGUUGCAGCCGUUAUACUUGACUUCCGGUAUUGGAAGUGUCUUGAAUGCUUGCUUCAGCCAGCAGCCAGCGAGAAAGAACAGAUCAGUUCUUUUUGCAAUUUGCCCCUGAGAUAUGGCAUUGCACUGCUUAUCUAUCCAGCUAAUUGAUAGCAAAAUAUUGAUCAAAGAUACAAAGGGGAUCACUCAACCUCAUGCCAAGGGCUCUCAAAGUAUAACCGUUCCAUGACCAACUGCUAAUGCCAGUUAAAGCGUACUUCAUUUUAUGUGAGUUUUAGAAUCAGUCUUUCAUGCCACCCUUUGCUGGGAUAAACUAAAAAUCUAUCACACGCAGAAUUACAGUUCAUUUGAAUGGGAUAGAAGCAUUGUAAAUAUAUACUCUUUGCAACUCCUGGUGGUACUUUAUUUUGUCUUUAUUUCAAUCAUUGAAAUAUAUUCUUGGAAAUGUACUUUUGGAUAAGUAAGGCUAAGCCAGUUGGACCUCUGGUUGUCUAGUCAUUGUGAGAAGUAAACCUAGCAAAAAUCUUGUUCUAUUUUUCAAUCAAAAAGCAACUACGAAUGCAUAUUACAAGCAAAUGGAUGUUUUUAAUGACCAAUUGGGUAAGGACAUCCCUAUCUUAACUGGCCUGAAUUUCUUCUGGUAGUGUCAAUUCAACUUUCAGAAGUGCCACUUAAGGAGGUUUGUUUGAUUUAUUUUGUUUGUUUUUGUAAUGCACUGUUUUUAAUCUUUUUUUUUUUUUUUGGUUUUAAAAGCACAAUCACUAAACUUUAUUUGUAAACCAUUGUAACUAUUAACCUUUUUUGUCUUAUUGAGGAAGCUGUUGAGAAGUGUUUUUAGCCUGUUUUGUUAAUGCUCUGUGUUUCUAUUUGCAAUAUUUGAAUGGUGACAGCUAGCAAGGUCAGGUACCUUAUCGUGGGCUGUGAACCAAGUGGUUCCAAUUUUUUGUGGACUUAAAGAGAAAAAAAAAAAAAAGAGUUGUUUUAAGUUUGUUGUGGCCAAUGUUGAAUCUUAUAAGAUUUCCUUAGACACUCAUGAGAGGCAUUCCGACUUGGAACUGAGAAGUGAUGCUCCGUGACUGUAGAUUUCUAUGGGUUUUCUUUUUUCUUUUUUUUUUUUUUGUUUGUUUUUUGGUGUUUUUACAUUUUACAAAUUUCAUUGACUUUAUAAUUGGUGCUAUUUGAAGAAAACAAAAUGAACCUUUAGUCAUACAUAGGUAUCAGGCUUGACCCCACAAAACCAAACAAAAUUGACCCACAAAAUAGAUAAAUAAAUAAAAUCAAAAGGCUGGUAUUCACCAGAAACUAAGUGUAUUCAUUUAGAUAAUUUGAAAAGGCCCCAUGUCCCAUAGAAAGGAUGUGCAGUUCUAAGGGAACAACCCACGUGAUUAAUGUUUUCAUUAUGUUCAUGUAAGAAACCUCUUAUUUUUAGCCAUACUUUUGCAUACUGAAAAUUCAAUAAUCAAAAAAGUAAUUUUGUCAUAUUAUUUAUUAAAAAUGUUCUCAAAUACA